AUUACCCGCAAAAGUCACCCCCUGACGGCCCAGCCUUCGUCCGCAGCUUCCUUGCGCCGCCGCUGCUUCCGUGUGCAACUCCUUCCACCGUCGGAGAGGACCGCAGCUUCCUCCGCCACCGACGGACACCUCUGAAGCUUCCUCCGCCCACGACGCCGUCUGCGGCUUCCGCCGCUGCCGCCGUUCACAGUUUCCUCCGCCGCCGUUGCUGUCGUCCGAAAGUUCCAGUAUCGAUGCAUUAACUUUUUUCCAGGUAAUUUGUUGUGGGACUUCUUUUGGCCAAGGCAAUGCAUAAUUCUGCUUCUGCUGGUCCUCCAGCAAAGCCAAGAGUGGGCUCGUCGCAGGUGUCAGAAGCUUCUCUGAAGCGCAAGCGUGGUGUAUUCCAAAAAGAUUUGCAACAUAUGAUGUAUGGGUUUGGAGACGAUCCCAAUCCUCUUCCAGAAACUGUUUCUUUAGUGGAGGACAUUGUUGUAGAGUACAUCACUGACAUGGUUCAUAAAGCGCAAAACAUUGCAUCAAAGAGAGGGAGGCUUUUGACUGAGGACUUUUUAUAUCUAGUCCGCAAGGAUCCACCGAAGCUCCAUCGGUGCACCGAGUUACUGUCUAUGCAUGAAGAGCUUAAGCUAGCAAGAAAAGCUUUCGAUGUAAAUGAAGAGACUCUAGCUACCGCUGAUUGAACAACUGGUCUUCUUGGCUACCGAGUCGUCUUUGGAUGGAGCUCCUGGAUCUUUGUAAUGUGGCAUGUGGUGUCUAGCUUGUGCUGGAACACGACCAGAAUGAUCCGUUAGCCUUUUCAAUCUCUUUGCAAAAUCAAGAAUUAAGUAUUCUCUUCCCUUUUGUUUCCCUCGUUUAUAUGUGAUUUUAUUUGCUCUACUUGAUAAAAUAUUAUCUAAUAAUAA